AUGUCGGGUUACGACACCUACGACGCCCCGCCGCGCGAGCGUCGCUACUAUCGCGAGGAGCGCCGGGAGCGCCGGGAAGAGCCUCGCUACGAGGAGUACCUCAGCGUGAACCCGUCGAGCAGGAACCAGCUCAUUCCCCGGGCGCGGGAGGACAGUGACCUCUCCAUCGAGGAGAUCCGCCGAGACUUCCCGCCCCCAGGCUACGGUGGCCGGGAUGCGCGCCGCGCCCGCUCGGCCGAGCCCGGCUACUACGAGGACGACUACUACCGUCGCGACUACGACAACCGUUCCAUGAGGGACGAGCCUCGCGACCACCGUAGCAGGAAGGCCGGCAGUGUUUACUACGAGGAGGAGGAGCGGACUCGCAAGCGGGUCCUCAACAAGCAGGAGAAGAUCGUCGCCGCCGUACUGGGUGGCGUCCUUGCUGCCGGCGCCAAGGAGGUCUGGGAUCGUCGCGAGGCCGGCCAGGAAGGCAGCGAGGUCCAUCGCAACCUGGCUGCUUCAGCCGCCUUGGCCGCAGGUGGUGCACUCGCCGGCUACCAGGGAGCCGAUUUCUACAACAAGCGCGCUGUCAAGGAGGAAAAGAAGUCGACCUAUGUUGUCCACAAGGGCCGUGACGGCCGCGUGUCUGAAUACUACUCGGACGAAGACGAGGACCCCCGGUCCAAGAAGAGCAACAAGUCCUUCCUCGAGAACGCACUCAGCGCCGCCGGUCUUGGAGGCGCUGUCAAGGCCUUGACAGGCGGCGGUGACAAGCACGAUGACCACCGGUCCGAUGCGCGCAGCCGCCGAGGUAGCCCGGACUCCACCAAAUCCCGGGGCGGCGAUAACGCCACCAACAGAAUGCAGAAGGCCGCGAAGGCCUCCCUCGUGGCUGGCGCCGCCGAGGCGUUCCGCGUCGCUCGGGAGCCCGGCGGCUGGAAAGGAGAGAAGAUGAAGCGCAUCCUGACCGUUGCAGCCGGUGCGGCAACUAUCGACGCUGCCCACGACCCCACCAAGGACAGCAAGCGUCACCUUAUGGAGUCCGUCAUCGGUGGUCUGGUCGGCAACCGCGUUCUCAACGGGUCCAGAAAGGACAUUGAGGAGGACAGGAGGACUGGCAGAAGCCGCUCUCGAUCCCGGGCCCCCUCUCAGGGUGGUGGCGGCGGCGCCAGUGGUCUGGCAGCUCUUGCGACCGCCGGCUUGGGUGCUCUCGGUACCAAGAAGCUUCUGGAGAAGAAAGAUGAUUCGCGAAGCCGGAGCCGCCGCGGCAGUCCGGACUCGUACUACGAUCGUGACGAGUCCCCACGCCGACGCCACCGCAGCCGCAGUCGAAGUGUAGUCGACACGGCCCGUCGCAGCUUGGCAAAGAUUGGCCUCGGCAGUGGCCCAGAUGAGAAAGACGACUACGAUGAUUCACGUUCAGCACGAGGAGGCCGUCGCCGUGGUCACAGCCCAGACGACAGGUAUGACGAUGACUACACGUCUCGCGGAUACAUGAGAGGAGGAAGAGGCGACGACCACUACGACGACGACAGAUCAGCCCGAGGAGGAAGGCGACGCAGCACCUCACGGCAGCGAGGGGGCCGCUCCGGUUCUGUCUCCAGCAGCGACCUCGGCGACUCGGAUGAGGAUGAGAAGAGAGCAAAGAAGAUGAGAGGUAAGCAAAUCCUGACAACCGGAUUGGCCACUGUGGCCACCAUCCACGCGGCGCACAAUGUAUAUUCGAGCAUGGAGAAGCGCAACGCAAGGCAUAGGGCCGUGAAGGAGGGUAGACUGGACCCGAUGGAGGCCAAAAAGCUCAAGUCCAAGGCCAUUCUGCAGGACGCCGCUUCUGUCGGCAUUGCAGCAAUGGGUAUCAAGGGCGCCAUUUCCGAGCUCAAGGAAGCUCGGGAGCAAAACCACCAGGUCAAGGAGUGGCGAGAGGAGAAGUCCAGACGGCACGAGCGACGCAUGGAACGGCUUCAGCGGGCAAACGACGAUCACUAUGGCAGAAGCCGCGCUGACAACUGGUCUUCCUCAGCUCCCCCACGGGAGAGGCGGUACUACGACGACGGGCCCCGUUAUGCCGACGGGAACCCCUACUCGGCCACUCUGCCCGCGCCUCCAGUCGGCUACGACCGGAGGUGA